UCCUGAUUGACAGUCCUGCGGCACGCCCCAUGUCCUGAUUGACAUUCCCUCGGACCGCCCCCCUUCUUGUGCGGACUGACUCGCGAUACUGACUGUCCGGCGGAAUGGUAGUAUAGGCGGCCGUGUGAGGAGCGAGUGUGUCCGGAUAGACAUCUCGUUCGGGCGAGGCAGGCUGGCCCUUUUAUUCUAGCGGAAAAUGACACUGGCCCCUGAAGCUGCGGUGGUGAAGUAGAGCCCAGCGAUAAGACUAACCCUCCUGACUGAUGGCCAAUGUACAAGUGGCCGUGAGGGUCCGACCCCUCAGCAAGAGAGAAAAUGCAGAAGGAUCAAGUAUAAUUGUGCAAGUGGAUGACAAGAUAGCCAGCAUCAGAAAUAUAAAGCUGGAUUCCCGAUUUGAUAGCUCUGGGAAUGCAAGGGAGCAGAAGAUCGAGUUCAUGUUUGAUUACUGUUACUGGUCAGUAGAUUCUGACUCUGCCAACUUUGCACCUCAAGAACUGGUGUAUCAGGAUCUUGGCACAUCAGUCCUGUCGGGAGCUAUAGAGGGUUACAAUGUCUGUUUGUUUGCCUAUGGACAAACAGGCUCAGGAAAAACAUAUACAAUGAUGGGGACGCCAGCAUCCAUUGGGCUGACACCAAGGAUAUGCAAGGGACUCUUUUCCAGGGUGGAUGACUACCAACACAAGCUUACGUCAUGCAGAAUAGAAGUUAGUUUUUUAGAAAUUUAUAACGAGCGGGUCCGAGAUCUUCUGAAGCGCUGCGAUGGAAACAAGCCCUACACGCUUCGUGUGCGUGAACACCCUGAUAAGGGUCCCUAUGUGCAAGGAUUAUCUCAGCACUUGGUAUCAGACUACAAGCAACUUGUUGAGCUUUUGGAGGAAGGGAAUUCAAACAGAAUCACUGCUGCUACCCACAUCCAUGAUGCCAGCAGCCGAUCCCACGCCAUCUUUACCAUCCAUUACACUCAGGCAAUAUUGGAGAGUCACCUUCCAUCAGAGAUAGUUAGCAAAAUUAACCUUGUUGAUUUGGCAGGCAGUGAGAGAGCUGAUCCAAAUUUCUGUAAGGACAGGAUCACAGAAGGAUCAAACAUUAACAAAUCACUGGUUACUCUGGGAAUAGUCAUCUCCACCUUAGCUCAAAAUUCCCAGAUGUCCACCAGCUGCCAGAGUAUUAAUAGUAUGGUGAGCGAAGGUGAUUCUGGAAGCCAUUCCAGUGCGUAUUCAGGGAGUAGCAGGCGCCAAUGCUAUGUUCCUUACCGUGAUUCUGUCCUCACCUGGCUUCUCAAGGAUAGCCUUGGAGGAAAUUCAAAAACCAUUAUGAUUGCAACAAUCUCUCCUGCAAGCACAAGUUAUAGUGAAACAAUCAGCACCUUAAGAUAUGCUGCACACGCAAAGAAUAUUAUCAAUAAGCCACGAGUGAAUGAGGAUGCUAAUGUAAAAUUGAUUAGAGAACUGCGUGAGGAAAUUGAUCGAUUGAAAGCCAUGCUGAUGAGUUUUGAAUUACGAAACUCCAGUCCUACUUUAAGCGAUGAGAAAGAUGGAAGCCUAACAGAAAUGUUACUUCAAAAUGAACUCAAGGUAGACCAGCUUACCAAAGAUUGGACGGACAGAUGGACAGACACAAAAGCAAUCAUGGAGGAAUACUAUGUGGAUAUAAACCGAGGAAAAGCAGGAGUGAUUGUUGCCUCCCAGCUACCUCAUUUAAUAGCAGUGGAUGAAGAUAUAUUAAGUACAGGUGUUGCUCUCUACCAUCUUAGGGAAGGAACAACAAAGAUUGGGAGAAUUGAUGCUGAGACAGAACAAGACAUUGUUCUGCAGGGUCCUUGGGUGGAGUCAGAGCACUGUGUCAUUCAUAAUCACAAUGGCAUAGUCACAAUUGAACCAAUUGGAGGGUCACAGUGCUCUGUUAAUGAAGUGGACGUCACUCAUUCAUGUCGUUUGUUCCAAGGUGCUGUUAUAGUCCUCGGAAAAGUGCAUAAGUUCAGGUUUAACCAUCCAACUGAAGCUGCAAAGUUGAGACAAAGGAGAACAAGUAGCAGCAUGUCUCUGGAAAGCAGUGGUUCCUGUGAGUGGCUAGAUUUGGAUGGCGAAUUCAACUUCUCCCCUCCUUAUGUUUUAUCUCCUCUCAUGCAAGCAAGCUUUGAACAUGAUAAAGAGAAGGAUGAAGAGAUGGAGCUAAGUGAAACCAGGAGGCAACUAGUAGAACUUCGGGAGAGAUACCAAAACAAACAGCAGGAGCACGAAGAAUACAAACAAAAGCUGAAGGCAUUGGAAACUUUUUACCAAGGACAGGUACAGCAGCAGCAAUGCUACGUUGAGGAACUGAGAAAACACAUCCAAGCAGCCCAGUCACAGGCAGAACAAGAGCUCGAACAUGAUCAGGAGCAGCUCAAACAACAAAUUGAGAAAAACCAGCAAUGUUUAGCACUUGAAGAGAGGCGCUUGGAGUCCCUGGCGCAGCACCGCCAAGAGCUGGGGAUACAAACAGAGAUCGUAUCAUUCACUGAGUGCGGGGUACAAAUCACCCUUCAAAAUGAGGAGAUUUCUUCACUCGAACAAGAUAGGAAGCGGCUGGUGCAGCUGGAACUGCUUCAAAAACUCUCACUGAAGAAGGCCAAACAAAAUAUCAGCAAGAAAAGAGUCAAAUACCAGCUGGAGAGAAUUGCCGGGAAGCACAAACUUUUGGAAGCCAAAACCAACCUGCAACACCUGGAGGCUGCAAGUUUUCUCAGCAAGGAUCAACUUAAGCAGCCAACCAUGGACAAAAUGAACACUUCACAAACCAGUCCAAAUCCAAAACUGACCAAGUGGAACAAAUCAUUCCCUCCAUACUCAUUACCAGCAACAAAACAAUCACCACCUGGUCAUUUACUAGCCAGGAGGCAUUCCGAUUCAAAUGACCUGGUAUCACGCCUGUACCCACAGUAUGUCCCAGUUUACAGUGAUUUCCUAAAGAGAAAGAACUUGGCUACCUCAUCUCAAACAAAGAAGCAGCACAGUUCAACACAGAAGCCUCACUCAAUGGGAUCUUUGCCAAAAGAGGGGUUGUCCAUUACAAGGCACCAAGCUUUUAAACGCGGGAGUGAGACUGUUUCACCUGCAUGGGGCCAAUUGCAUAAGAAACAAAAGGCUGUAGGGCAUGAGGAAGUUUCCAAGCCCAAAGUCAAAAGACGACCAAAUGAAGGUAGUAACUUAACUGACAAAGAACAUACACAAGUGGCUGAUGUGAGUAGCCUACAGCCAGAAGUCCAACAACUAAUCAGUAAAGUUUCUGAAAAUAAAAAUUCAUCAGGCUGCACGCUGUCUGAGACAAGGAUACUUGAAUCAGAUUUGGUUUAUGUUGAAACUAACAAAGACAAGCUACUUAAAAUAGCUAGUGAAGACAUGAGGCAGGAUUUUGCAUGGAAAUGUCCAUUAUUGGAUAUUGGCAAUACCUCCAGAGUUUGGGGAAAGUCUCCAUGUGGACGAUUGAGCAGAGCCAAAAGAGUCUGCAAGGAGCAUGCCACUAAGAAGUCUUCCCUGAACCAGGGUCAGUGUUCCAUCAAGGGAGCUUCUUCACUGGUUAAUCUUUGGGAGCCAGUACCUCACCCUGCCAAGACAAGGAAGUGGCACAGUGACAAAAUACUGAAUGCUGGCAUUACUAUGGCUGCUAGUGAUUCACUAAAAUACUUGUCGGGCGCAGAGGAAAUGUCAGACGGUGAAAGUGUGUACUCUGUGGAUUCUCUGUCUUCUGCUUAUGCAACGGCAUUAAAAGAGCAGUUACUGGAGGAAGAGUUGGAGAAACACCAAUAUGAAUGGCAUGACAAUUGUAGUGAAAGUGACGACAGUCAGAUGUCCCAAGAUUCACUGGUGGAUAAGGACACAAAAUCAGCUGCUGGCAUGCUGAAUGUUAGUGUGUCUUACAAUAAAGUAACAAGAUGCAACCUUGCAAACAGAGGGAGAAGUAUUUCUCUGAACAGCUUAACUGAUGUGAGAGGGCCAAGUGACAUUUUCAGAAUGGAUUCAGUUGAAUCAGCGGCAUCGGAUGAAAUGCCAGCUGAACUGUAUUGGAAUCUGCCUUGGACUGAAGGUGACAAAACCAAAACCCGUCAGGCUUCUGAAGCACUACUUAGUAAAAGCCAGUGUGUGGGAGCUGUAAGAUUAAAAGGGCAGCAUUUUAAUUUGAGCAGUAGCACAGAACUAAAAGCUACAGAUCUGGAUAAAAAUAUGCAGAUGGAAAAUCUGGAGUUAAAUAAAAAUGAUAUGGACUCUCUGAUCAUGACAGAUGCUUGGUCAUCUUGUGAAUCUAGUGACAGGAGUAAUUUGCAGAUAGAUUCAGCUCAUGGCAUUUCUGUUUUGGAAAUCUCGCGAGGGCAAGAUGAUAGGUAUGGGGAUGUGGGAGAUGAUCCAACUGAAAGACCAGAAAGAAUUUGGAUCCACCCAGUUUUUAGUUUUGGUCCACCACAUGAGAACCAACAAUGUAAUGCAACCAAUAAUUUUCCAGUGACAUCUACAUGUGUUAAUCUCAGAGAGGACAACGUGCCAUGUACUGAAGACAAAGACAAUGCACUAGAUCAAGAAAAGGAGCAUCUCAUCAGUAUAUUUAGAACUGAUGGAGCAACAAUGUCAGAUCUAAGUUGUACUGAACAUCCUAAGGUUCAUGUUACUGAAGUGCUUGGAAAUUCGGAAAUAGAAACUAUGCAUGUAUCAGCAAGAAAGACACAAGAUAGUAAUGUAUCAGAUCAAGUCCUUACUAUACAACAGUAUCCAUUAUUAAUGCAAUCUAGAGAACUUGUAGAGUCUUCUAUGCCUGAUACUUGUUUGCAACUUAGAUCAGCUGGUACAGAUAUGGUUGUUGCCAGGCAGAAUGUUGGAUCGGAAGUGGAGGUAACACAGAGAGAUCAACAAAUCACAGAAACAGAAGCAAUGUGCACAUGGUCUCAGGGCAGUCUGUUUGGUGACAAUAAUUGUCACUUAAGAUAUGAUGUGAAUGGCAGUGCUUCAAGAGAGAACACAACCAAAUUCAAUUCCUCACCCAGCUUUGAGAGUUUAGCCAUUUCUGGCACUGAACAAACCAAACUAGAAUCAGAGUCCCAAACCUUAUCUGAUUUUUCUUGCCCUGCAGCUAUUUCUAAUUCCAGUGGUCCCUAUGGACUAGCGAGUGGGCCAUUGGAACAGGUUCUGGAACCCAAAGUGGAAUGUGGAUAUAUAGAAAAGAAUGGCACAGUAGACACAGGCUUGCUUAUUGAGAGCAUGUUUCUGGGAACCUCUUUUAUCCAGAAUGAGACCAAACCUUUUUUAGAAUUUAGUGCAAUGCAAGAUAAAGCUCCAGAUAUUACUCCCUCAGCUUUAAUGAAAGAUGGAUAUAGUCAAACGGAACAAUCAAAUUUAGUACCUGAAAGAGACAGGCAAACUGCAAAAUCCAUUAUAAUGCAGGAAAGACUGAAGACAAAAAGUAUUGUAACCAAAGGAAGAGACAGUUGUGAUCUGAUGGCCAGUUCAGUUAGAAAUGUUACUCUCCAAAAACCAAAGAACCAUAUAGAUCUCUUAAGGAAUGAUGGAGGAUAUAUUUCAACAGAAGCUCUGUUGCAGGCUGCAGGCAGCCCAGUGGAUUCUGAAGCCAAGGUCAGUGAACUCGGGAGAAUUUAUGAUGAGCGUUUCCACAAGGAGAAGGGGACUGUUUGUUCUGAAAAACCCCAGGUGAUAAACCGAGAUUGCUUUUCACAGCAGCAAAGUAUUGCAAGUAUUACUGUGUCAAACAAAAUGGAAGAACUUUUAUUAAGAAGCAAAGGUCAUGACAAAGAGACGAGCAAGAUGUUAUGGAAUCCAGAUGUUGAAGACUGCUUGCGCUAUAAAGGCAACCCAUGUAAUGAUGACUCACAGGAUCAGCAGUAUGAUGAUAAUGUGCUUUCAGAAGUACAUCUUUCACCUACAUCUGGGCAAAGUGCUCCUAAUUUUACUACAGAAGAGCGUAAAACAAAUGUUGAAAGCAGGCUUUGUGACAAAUUUAAUCCAGAUUGCAAUAUUCUGACAAAGUUGGAUAGAGCCUAUAGUACGCUUUCAAAAAAACACAACAUUCCUGCUGAGUCUCUUUCAAGGGAUCACCUGCAUCACCCUUUUGUCCAAGAGCCUGAAAAUAUUAACAUGCUAGUUAAAGAAGAAUCAGAAAUAUCACAUGGUCCCAACAUGGAGAGAGGCCCUAUAAUAGAAAGCGUGACAUGCCAACUGGAAUCAUCCAAUCCUCAGAGAAAUAGGAAUAGAUUGAAAGCUAAAGUUAACCAAUCCAUGCAUGACCAUAAAAAAGCAAAUGUCAACCAGAAUGAUGUGGACACUGACUUACUAACAGUACAAUUUAUUAAAGAAAGCAGUAUGAGAGAAAAAAGAUUUAGAAGUGACUGUGUAUCUGCCACUAAUUUCUUAGUGGAUUAUGAAGAAAUUGGAAUUGAUAAUGUUAGUGCAGCAAAACCGAACAAAGAUAACAUGGUGAAUGGUGCGGUUCAAAGCAAUCUGUGUUACUUUGGUCUCAGCCUUCCAUCAGAUUUGACUGAAGACUCAGUGAUGAUGACAGGUGCUGGAUUUCUAGGUGAAUCUAAAGGUUGUGAAGUCACUGUUGAAAAGCAGAUUUGUUCUGUAGGAACCUUCAAAGAUGUUCAGCCAACUGCCUGUGUAGGAGGUGAAAUGCUCAAUGGAGAUGCUGAAGAUCAUCAGACGAGAGUUAUUUGUACACAGCCCAUUCAGGUGGAUGGAAUAGCAUGUGACUGUCAAGAACAAGGCAAGUCCAAGGGGAACAGUCCAGUGAGUGGUGCAGCAGAGAAAGUUGGCAGUAAUUCUGGAACAGCUGACCAUUAUUUUCAAACAACAUCUCUGAUGACGAGAAGGUCCAGUCUGGCAAAAAUGAAUGGCAGAGGGAGAGCAACCAGUUUUGACUUGGUAAACGACUCCAAAGCCUGUGAACUUUUCACUUUACAGAAAAACAGAGCUGAACAUGCAGCUAAAGUUGGAAAAGAACCUAACGAAGAAUUAUUCUUUCAAAGUGAGGAUUUUGAGCAAUUGAAUGAGAAUUACAGUGAUGAAGUAAGGUCUUUGCAAAAGGCAACAGAAAUAAAAGGAGACAGAACAUCUGGGAGCUUCAACUGUUCUAAAUAUUGCUUCGAGCAAACUUGUACAACACAAUGUGCUACGGAAGGUGAAGAUGUAGGGGGUCAAACAUCAAAGGACAGAUCUCUGUUGUGUGAUUGGUCUUGCACAGAAGCUGGUAGCUCAGUGACCACAUCAAGCAUGGCCUUUCACAGUGAGAUCAAUGCUUGUUAUGAUGCUGGUCGUACAAGAAAAGCAGCAAGACAAGCUAAGCAAGAGAAUGCUAUGGUAGCUCAGAGUAUUGUGAUAGAAAGCAAGAACUGUGUGGCAACAGAGUACAAUAUUGAAACACCCUCUAAUCAAAUAGAGUCAAAAUAUGAUUGUGAACUUCAAAUGGGAACUGAUUUCCCAACGCAUCCAGCUGAGGGGAAUGAAAUGUUGACUGAUAACAUUCAGAAUGUGAGCCAAAUAAGUCUUGAAUCUAAUGAAGAAGGAGAUGCCAUGGACUUGAUUCAAGAGAAGAAUGUAAUUGUUGAAUUUGAAGACCGUGCUAAUAGUAGGGAUUCGGCUGACAUAAGUUACAUAGCAGUGACUGUAGAUAAUCAGUUGCCCUUCACAGUGGUUGACUGUACUCUAAGUAACUGUGAGAAUGCUGAACACUCAAGCAUAUCUAAAUCUGAAAUUAUAGAGACAAUGGCUAAAAACAGCGAACCUGUCAAAGGUUUAACAAAAAGUAAAAUCUCCACGGAAACACCUGAACAAAAUAGAAGUGCUUUGUUCAUUAACAAUAACAAUCAAGAAACCGAAUUAGCUGCCUGUCAGCCUGUGGACAGAUCAAGACCAUACUUGCGAACUGACAACAGUUCCCAGCGAAACUGUCUGCAUCCAUUGUCACCUCCAGCAUUUGCUAAAAAUGAUAACCUAAAGGCCACGGAUUCAAAAGAAUCUGCAGCCAGAAAUGAGCAGCACAUUACAUGUGAAGAAAAUGUGCUAAGCUUUAGCAAAACUGAAACUGAACAUCUAGUCUCCACCAAAACUCCUCAUGCAGUUGGUAGAACCUGCUCUUCAAAUGAUCAAAGUUAUCGAUUUGCUACAUGGAUGGUACAUGGAACUGAAGUUAGACAAAUUCCCUCAGACAGAUAUUCCCAGGAUAUGCCACAGGAAGUUGUCACUACCUCAUCUGUAGGAGCAGUUGAUUGUGAGAUAAAGGAACAGGAUUCUCCAGAGAUUUUCAAAUGUAUAAAGUCAGCAGUGAAUUGCAUGAAUAUCUUUAACAAUGAAGAACAAAAGCUCACACAAGAGAAAAUGCUGCCUGUAAUUGAAAACUCAGACUGUGAGACACUUCAAGAGAUUGAUUUGUUUGAAAUGGUUUCUGAAGGGUGUGAGGUCUGUUUGGCAGCUUCGCUGUGUGAUAUUGAUGGGCAUUCAUUCACCAAUCAGCAAUUGCAGACAACUCCAGAAUGUUUGCAAGCAGGAUUAGCGAAUCAUGCACCUAUGGAUUUCAAAGCAUUGCCAGUACCUCCAGAGGACAACUUUGUGGUUGAUUCUGUCAAAUUUGGUUUGACCUCCAAUAAGGCUGGUUCUGCAGCUGAUGAAAAUUUUCACUUGAGGAAACUGGACCAUGAAUUGUUUUGUAAAUAUAUUACACAGCAGCAGUUAGCUGAAAGUAGAGCCAUGUCUGACAGAGCAACCUGUUCAAAGGACACUCCUUUACAGCAAAACAGUGAACAAGGUAAAUUAUAUGAAGAGCCGAUCUCCAUUUCAAAGCCAACAAGAACAAUCCCAGACACAGCCACCCUGCAACCAAGGAGGAAUACAAUUGAAAAGCAAGAUAUGAGUGAGGGUGUGGGGUCAGCUCAGUCCUGUUUCAUCAAUAAAGACAAUCUUGAGGAAAUCAAUGGAGAAAAGGCUGGUGCAAGUGGGUGUCAAACUAAUGGCACCUUCUCCAGGAAAGAAGAAUGUUCAGCAGCAGGGACCAUAUUGCCAAGUCAGGAUAUAGUGUUAAAAGAGGUGGUGGGUAGACAUGUAAUGUGGUACCAACUUGAUGCACCAGCUAUAUCUAAUGUGAGUGAUUUCCAGGUUGAUGGGCAAGCAGCCCAUUCAGACCAGGCCACGUUUGUACUGCACCAUUUGGUGGAUGCUGGUGUUGAGGCUGUCACCAAUCAAAAGCAGAAAACUUGUGAAAGCAUAGUUUAUUCUGAUCUAAUUGUGCCAAGCUCAGGCACUGGAGAUGCCAAGGACUCCUUUCAAAAGCAGGAUGUUUUUAAAUUCCAUCAAUUUUUACACAAUCCAAGUGGAUGCAGUACAAGUUUGUUAGGCUUAAAUGUUGAAAGCCAAAAUGAAGCUAUUAAAAUUUCUCUGCCCGAUAUUUCGCAGUCACAUGGAAGUCAGGUUGGAUGUGGGAACUUGGAAGUAUCACUGAAAUAUUCAUUCGAAAAUCAGCACGAGGAUGCAAAAGCAAGUAGGUGCACAUCACGCAUAUCGCUCUCAGAAAAGGAGGUCCCGAAUGAACAGAGAUUGUGUCUUUACGAGCAAAAAACAAUUGAAAUUCAGACACAAACUGAUGAUGGAAAGCCCAGCAUGCCUACAACAACUGGGUUAAGUUCCCUGGAAAGCACAUUGGAUUCUGAGCUGUUAAUAAAGCCCUCUGCAUCAGGAAUGGACCAGAACCAGGCUCACAUUCAAAAAGAGAUUCAGCAACCUGUCCAAGAGCAAUCCUCGAGCACUCCCAGCUUGACAGUAUCAUCUCUGUUAAACACAGGAAUUAAGUGCCAUGAUGCCCAUUUCUUAAAUGCUGACCAUUUGCGCGCAUUCACACCACAGAGCUUCACUGAAUUGUUUAGCCACCAGAAACAUAUUGCCUUGGAUGGCAGAAGGGAAGGGGAGGAUUCCUCAGUGAGUUUGAUUGACAGGGAUCUUGUUUCAGAGCUAACUAUGGAUUCAUUAAAUUUGCUCGUAGCAACAUCAGAACAACCUUCAAAGCAUGUAGAAAAAUUUGCUGCAGCUUAUGGUAAGAAUUUCACUGAAACAGUUGGGUGUCCUGAGAACUGCAAUGAUAAAAAUAUAUCUGACUUAACCAAUAAUAAGUCAGUGCAGGAGGAGGUAAAUGACGGUGAAAGACAUGAAGAAGCACAGUUACAGCUGCAAGAUGUACAGAGUACUUUUAAGCAAGAACAGGUUUGCAGUGGAAGCGCCAAUAACAAACAUGAAGUCUCGGCCCAAAUAAAGCAGGAGAGAAACUCCAAGUCUCCCACCAAAGUUGACUUCAUGCCUCAACCCGUGUCAGAGUGCAGUUACAAGCCCAGUGUUCAAACCAGGAUGCAGAAAGUUGUUGCGACUGCUGCACCAGAAUGUAAAUCAGAAAUGCACCACAGUGACAGCCACAUAAACUUGUACACAUCUAUCUAUCAGGAACAGCAAUUAAUGCAAUUACAGCAGACUCAAAAUCAGUUGACCCCUGAACAUAAACUUAAAAUUGAGGCCAAAUUGCAAAUAAAGGAUCUGAAUGAUGCUUGUGCUACUUCUGACAUUACUGAAACGUACAACAAACAUUUCUUUCAAGAAAGUAAUGAUCUGCCAGCUAUCCAAAUAGAUAGCUGUGAACUGAGUGAGGAUUCAGUCCGACGAUGUAAACAGAUUGGAGAAUUAGGUCCUCAGUCACAUGAAAGCAAUAAGUGUACAGAAAUGGAAAGAACAUGCAAUACCACAGAUCUCUUGAUACUUUCAGAUUCUCCUAGCAGUAAUUAUUCUGUACACUCUUCAAUAACCAAAGUCAAUGAUGGUUCAGAUGAGAGAUUAAAGCCAAAUACUACAAAUGCUCUAAAGAAGAAAUCACACCGGCUUAAAAGGAUGAAAUCUAAGCCAGUUAAAGAAGUAACAAAGGACUCUUCUAGUUCAGGUGAAGAAUUUGACAUUGAAUUCCUUUCGCUUCAAGAGCUUCGAAGCAGACGGUGUGGGAGGGAUAAUAGCAAUUUGCAGUCAUAUAUUUGUAAAUGUAAAGGCUCAAUAAAUACAACUAAUGCCAAACAUGAAGAGAUGAGGUCACCACUAUUGAAACAGAGACAAUCUGCACCAGUUGUCCACAGCUCCUCAUCCAAUGUGGAUCCACCAAUGCAAGAUUCCAGUGGGUACAACCCCACUACAGCACUGAUCACAAACCCUUUCCAUGCUUUCAAUCCAAGUGAUGCUCCAGCAUCAACAUACGGAGAGCAGGUUGUAUAUCAAAUGGAAACAGGCACAGGAAGGGAUAUGGAUAAGAAAUGUGGUCAAAAACUAAAUCUUGGGUCUGACAUUGUAAGAGAGAGGGUCUCAUUAAAUACAGAUUCUGACAUGUCUGCUAGUAAUGCAGUAGUCCAUUCCAAGGUCAUUUCACCUUGUAAACAAGGAAAGAGAAAUCAGCCUAUUAAACAGCAAAGCAACAAACAUCAGAUAUCGGCAACAUUUGAUGAAUCUCAUCCAGGAAAGUUUACUGAAGGAAAACUCAAAGAGCGGCACUUUCCUGAAGAAAUGAGCUGCUGUAAAGGAAAAGAUUUGAUGCAUUUUGCUUCCAGUGAUAUUAAUCCAUACAUCCAUCAGUGGCAAUGUAAUGAAUUCCACAGAGCCAACUGGAAGCAGUGUGCCUUCGGAAGUGGAAGCAAUGUGUGCAAUGUACAAUCACAGCUCAGUAGUCCUGGUAGCGUUAUGAGAUGUUCCAGUGUUGACAAUGGAUUGAAUAUUCAAAAUUCUCCCUUUAGUUCACAUUUAAGUUAUGUCAAUGCAAGAGCAAUAUCUGACACGCUAAGUAAUGUAAGUGACUUCCAAGAGGAGACUUUUGAAGCUACACCCCCUGACCCUAACGACCUUGAUGGGGACGCCUUUCAAAGGUCAUGCGAUCGAUCUGUGGUUGCUUCAUUCUUCUGCUUGUCACAGUUGCCAUGCUCAAAUUCUGAAUUUGAAACUGUCAGAUCACAAGUUGAUGAAAUUGUACUCCUCUAUCCGACAGAAGCUUCUGUAAAGUCAGCCUCCGAUGGGUCUUUCAAACUCACCUGCAACCAAGCGACACAAACACUGGGUGGAGUGAAACAGCAAAAACUGUCUACACAUCAGAAAAGGUGUACCCAAACUCCGACACACACGCCCAAACCAAAAAAUCCCUGGUCAAACCUCGAGGACUUGUCUGACCAUCUUUCAAAACUUGUCCAUAGCACCACGGAGCUGCUGUGUAAUAUUCACACAAACAUGAACCACUCAAAUGAAACCAUUUCACCAAAUAACCAAAAGCCUGGUGUAACGGGAACAGCCAGAACCACAGACCGUUGUACUCAGACAGUGAUGGAUGUAGCUGUUCAGACGGAAACUUUAUCUCUCAAUUCAGAAAAUGAUGGCCAGGAAAGUUCAAGAAAGGAAGUGCUGAGAUCUCCAGAGGUUAAUGUUAUUGUGAGAGUGAUUGGUUCAGAUGUUAAUGUGUCUCAGGAACACACUAAUGUGACAUUAACGCUGCAGGAGCGACAGCAGAGCAGUGGUGUGUCAGAUCUUGAUACUCUCCAUAGCCAAUCACUAUGUUCUUCUUUUUCUAUAGAAGAUGGAAAAUUGUCUGUCAGGACCUCAACCCCUGUCUCACUAGACACUCAGAAAUUAGUAUCAAUCAGUCCAGGUGAUUCAGCCGUUGCAGCAGCAUCACAGACAUCUGUGCUUGGUGACUUCACACAAUGUAUAAAAAGUGUCAGCUCUUUGGAAAGUGUGUCAGAAUUUUCAAAGUUGGAAAAUUAUAGUCCCAAUGUCUUGGAGGAUAGACAAAAGAAGAGCUUUGCACAACAUUUCCAAGCUGGACAAGAAGCUACUUCCGCUGAUAUAAAGCUGGCUGAUCUAGUGGACCGAGCCUCAUCCCCUAUUCAAACACUUGAAGCUGGGUCUGCAAGCCGGAGAUCCCGCAGCAAGUCAUUACACUGCCCUGAAGGUGGACAGUCACGUGGACUGCAGCAUUCUGAAUAUUGGCAAAGAAAGCAUAGGCCUGCUUCUUGGUACGGUUUUAAUCAAAAACAGCAACACAAAAUUAACUUCAGACAAAUGGAAUCAGAAGGUGAACAGAGGAUAGAAACAAAUAGUGUGCCUUUGGUUCUGUUACGUGAGCAAAAUAAAUUCACCUCCCAUGAUUUGUCAAGUUCGAUUCAGUGGGACAGUAGAGGUGAUUCCCAAGAUGGAGUUCAGUCCAGUUCACUUAAGUCAUCUGUGAACUCAGAAUCAGCAAGGGUUUGCAAUGAACAUCCCAGUCAGCAGUGGGGGAAAAAUGCAGUUGGAAUAGCGCACGUUAAACAAGUGUCACUUUGUAACUCAACACAGACUAAGGAAAGUGAGUCACAACUGGUUCUUCAGCGUAUUCAGAUGCCCUCUACCUCAAACACUGAAUCAAGGAAACAGGCAAAUUCUUCUGCUUUUCCACUAACAUACCAUAGUCAUGCACGGAGUUCUUGUCCUCCCACUCUUAGUAAAAUUGGUAAUACCACAAGACUAUCCAAAAGGAUCUUUCAUAGAUCUUCCAGUAUGUCUUCAGUGCAGCACAGACGUCUUUCUGAAAAUGGGACAGACUCACAUGAGCAAGAGAACAGAACAUUACAGGAUCAAACUCCAAGCCAAAAUGAUUCCAUGAAUGAUUGUAAUUCUGUGCCUAGGACAUCCAUUAUGAGUGAAGAGACAAUUGAAUUUGCCACCGAAGAUGCCGAGUCCUCAGUUUCAAGUGAGUGCAACACAGAAAUGCUUCUGAAUGAGAAUCCCUCCAUGUUUGGCUGCAAUAGGCCACCAGAGUCCAAUUCUAGGACAGCUGUCUGCAGAGGCCCAGAAGACUUACCCUUGCAUAACAAGUUCUACAACUGGUCUGGGGUCCACUAUAGACCUCUGUCAACAAGUAGUGGUAUCAGUGAGGUCACCAGUUCUCACAGACAGACCAAGCAAAAGCAAAAGCAAAAGCAAACCAGAGACAGGGUUACAGAAAUGGCAGACUUCAAAUCUGAGCUUCAGGAUGCACAGCAGAAGGAAAUUGAAAGCUUGCGCCAGGAGCGUGCUGAGAUCAUGUCUGGAAUAUACAUGGAUUUCAACCAGCACCAACUGACAGUGGAGCUCACUGAAGCAAAGCUGAACUAUGGUCUGGGGGAGACAGAUGCUUUGUUAAGAGUACUUCAGUGUGGAUCAGCAGAUGAUAUAAAUGGUUCCAUAAGGCAGCAGCUCUAUGAAAGACACAUGAAAACCAUAGAUGUCUUGAGAAAGGAGAGAGACAAAAGACUACAGAAAUUCAGAAGGACCCGUAGCCUGAGCCCACAGAAAUAUUUAACUUCACAAUGCCAAAAGUAUACGACCAUCUCCCAGCUGGAUCAAAAUCUCCCAAGCAAACGCAGGGGUUACCUGCAGCGGCUACGCCAAGAUCUUGUGGAAAGCACACGAACUCAAACAGCUGUGAAGGGUAGAGAGGAGAGCACUUCCGAGAUUGAGCAUCUACUGAAAGAUUACCAGAAGGCUCGUGAGGAAGCGAAAGUGGAAAUAGCAAAGGCCAGAGAUAAGCUUCGUGCAAGGACUGAGAUAGAGAAAUACCGAUUGCAGCAACAGACAAUCAUGCAGUUAUUGAAGGAGAAAGGAAGGGUGAAGAACGAAGCUAGCAGAAGCAGUUUGUGCACCAAAUCGACUCUUAGUCUCUUUUCCAACCCCACAUCAGGCUACAGCAGUAGCAACACAGCCUCUCCAGACAACAACUCUCAAACCAAGAACAAAAGUGGUAUUGAUGCCAUGAUACCCAGUAGAGGGAGGACAGCAUAUCGAAGAUCACAAGUUAAUGUAACAGACUGUCCAGCAAAUGUGACUGUCCAAAGUAUUCAUGCUUCCUGCUCACCUAUUGAAUCAGUCUCAGGGAUUACAGCAAAAGACAUCAGUCACAAUGCAAGUUCUAACUACCUUAAAAAAUACCAGGAUUUGGCAACUCACACUGUAGCUUCUUUUAAAGCAGAGGUCAUGGCGGCAUCCAUCAACAAUCUCAGCAAUCUUGUUCAUGGCAAAUCAGCAGCUGGCUGGAGAUAUCACUGCACAGAAAAAGGGAUCCAAAUAUUCUACAAAAAAUAUGCCUGCCCAACCAAGCAUGCCUUUCUGGGUGUUGGUCUGAUUGAGAAACCAUUACACUGUGUGUGGUACGUUGUGAAAGAUCACAGUAAGAGGCAGCUGUACGACAGCUCAGUGAAAACGGUGAAGGUACAUCAGCAACUGGGAAAUGGCAUUGAGCUUGUUUAUUUUGUGAAUGAUGCCUCUGUGUGCUACCUCAGCCAGCCUAGGGACUUCUGCUGCAUCAGCGUGGAGGCAAAAGAGGAUCAGCAGUACAUUCUAGCAAUGCAGUCAAUCUAUGAGGAAUCAAUGCCGCGGCCUGUGAAGGACUUGGUACGAGGGGAAAUGAUGCCAAGUGGCUGGAUUCUGCAGCCAGACACACAGAAUGGAAAGGAAAUAACAAGACUAAUCUACUUGACUCAGGUACGUCAUGAAUGAAUAGGUGAAAAUGCUUGGGCCUGGAAUACGACCUUGAGCAACUCGGGCUCUUGUGGAAUAUUUGUAGUAUCCCUACCUCUGAGCCAGGAGACCUGGGGUUCAAACCCCCCUGUUCAAGAGGUGUGUAAUAGCAUCUCUGAUACAGGUUGAUUAGAAAAUACAUAGCCUAAGCAGCUCCUGCAGUGAUGUCCUGGGACUGAGAUGACUGGCCUCCAAUAGUCAUAACCAUUUUCCUUUCCACUGGCUAUGAUUCUAAACAGAAGACAACUUUCCCUAAUUCCCAAUUACUUCAAUCUUACUAAAUAAAGGUCCUUGAUGCCACAUUCAGUAAAAUAUUGACUUUAUAUCAAAUGUAGUCAGUUUCACCAUAAUUCUGGUAUCAUCCAACAAUAUGCUUCAGCAAGCACAUGGAGGUGUGGGACAGGUGUUUUGUUCUUCACUCAGAGGCAGCAAUGGUGGAUCAGUGGGGACUUCUGGUGUGUACCAGUGUGAGGGUCAGGAGAAGCUGUUUCAAUCUCUUUAUGUUGGAAAUGAGGGUGGGAUAUAUCACAGGCCUCUUAUGGAACCUGUAUAUUCCUUCCAUUAACUUUAAUAGAAGAUAAGCAGAAUGGCUCCAUUAAGGGCACAAGACUCUCCCCUCCAUUUGCAGUUAGUGAAUGGGAAAAAUCAAACCCAUUGUUUUGUCCAAAAUACAUGGUUCCAAAUGUCAGCGUUUCUGCACUAACAGUGUUAAAUAUAUAUUGAUAAUGUGGCACUGUAAAGAUAUGCACUGUUUCCUGCAAAAGGUAUCUGAACUAUGACACUUUUAAACAGUUUUUC